UGUCCCAGACUAAACACAAGUCUGCGCAGCUGCCCUGUUUCGCCACACUUCAGAGUCCACCCUUCCCCUGUUGUUUAUUCUGGUCCGAACUUAAUUCCAGUAUGCAAUACCUUAAUUACUUAGAGGUCAUUCACUAAUUGUGGAAGUCCCGUAGAAAAAAGGAAAAAAAAAAGAAUCACCGACCACGAAUGUGCACGCAUCAUACCAUCAAUCGCUACAUCCCAUUACCAAUCGCAAAAACCCAGCACCGAUUACAAAGUUGAUCGGCGGCAGUGAAGCACCAUCACCGAUCGCGAUAGUCCACCAACGAUCCCGAAAGUCCGUCACCGAUCGCAAAAAACCAUCACCGAUUACAGGGUUGAUCACCGGCAGUGAAACAUCAUCACCGAUAGCGAAACUCCACCAACGAUCUCAGAUACCCAUCACCGCUUUCGAAAAUGCAUCAACGAUGGAACACAUUAACGCUUGUGAAUAUGCAUGUAGCCGACGGUGAUCACCGAUCGUGAAUAUGCAUCACCGAUUGCUAAAGCGCAUCCCUGGUUCGGUAUUCGCAUUAAAUGCCUUUUUGGCGUUCCAUAUGACUGCAGCUUAUGGGAGUCGUUGGUGUAAAUUGGCAUGCUAACAAAACCAUGAGGGAAGCAAACGGCAUUUUAUCAUCACUUCAUGGAUGCAACGUAUAACGUGGGGUCAUGUUGCGCCAUACAUGAAUUAUUCAUAAUGCCGUCACCAAGACCAUGCAAAGACAACUAGACCGACGUCAAUCGAUGGUAGGGCCAGGCCACCUGCAGAGAACUUAUCACGUAACACUCGAACUUAAAAAUGUGUGGCUAUCAUAAGCGAUCGAGGGCGCUGUUCUAAGCGUGCAAAGGGCGAGGUGUUUCACCAGGCUCGUACGUGUGCAUGUUCAUGUGACAAGUGAAAUAAUAUGUACACUUGUACAUGUACCUGUACCGGUUGUAUGGUUGUAUUAAGCAGGUGCCGCGCACACUCAAAUGAAACUGUACUCGCCCAGGUCUAAUUAAAUUAAAGUGGAUUCAACACUAAACUCCUGUCCUUGUACCCAUUGACUUCUUAACACUCUUCGCAACGUCUUUGGAGUCAUGACCGAGCCUCGUGGUAAAGUGGGCGGUGCCCUGAUCACCAUCUGUCUGGUCUGGAACCUAGUCUCGGCCAUCACCAUCGUCUUCCUCAACAAGUGGAUCUACACCCACUAUGGCUUCCCUAACCUCAGUCUGACCUGCAUCCACUUCAUAACCACCUCUGUGGGGCUCUGGGUCUGCCGGAAGUGCAACGUCUUCCACCCCAAGAGCCUGCCCUUCCGCAGCAUGCUGCCACUCAGCCUGACCUUCUGUGGCUUUGUGGUCUUCACCAAUUUGUCGCUGCAGAGCAACACGGUGGGAACGUACCAGCUUGCCAAGUCCAUGACCACGCCCUGCAUCCUGGUCAUCCAGACCGUCUUCUACAACAAGUCCUUCUCCACUAAGAUCAAAAUGACACUAAUUCCUAUUACUUUGGGUGUUAUUACCAACUCCUAUUAUGACGUCAAGUUUAAUGUCUUAGGAACCAUCUAUGCAGUGGUGGGGGUUUUGGUAACUUCGCUUUACCAAGUGUGGGUUGGCGCAAAGCAGAGUGAGUUUCAAGUCAACUCUAUGCAGCUCUUGUACUACCAGGCCCCGCUCUCCGCCUGCAUCCUAGCACUCGUUGUUCCUUUCUUUGAGCCCGUCGUCGGUGAACACGGUGUGCUCAGCUCAUGGGAUGCCUAUGCAGUCUUUUUUGUGCUAGCCUCAGGUUGCACUGCCUUCUCAGUAAAUCUGUCGAUAUACUGGAUUAUUGGCAACACAUCACCGGUCACCUAUAACAUGGUUGGCCAUCUAAAAUUCUGCCUGACGUUGCUUGGAGGCUUUCUGCUGUUUGGGGACUACCUACGCUUCAAUCAACUGCUGGGCGUUUCCAUGACGCUGAGCGGCCUUGUUGCCUACACCCACUUUAAGGUCAAGGAGCAGGAGGAGUUGGACAAGAAGCUCAAAACCUACUGUCAAAUUUAGCUGAAUCGUUCAAGGAUAUCACAUGCCGGACUUCCACAAGUUUUCCUGAGAAAGUCGAGGAAAAGCCAGCCCCAGAGCCGGAAAGUGUUGAAGUCGUCAAGACCCCCUAGAUAUCACAGAGUGACCGCUGCAUCCGAAUGAAACGGAGACACUCGUACAGUCAAAAUGCACAAUGAACCCGAACAGUGAAACACACCAAUAUUACUUUUGAACUUGGUUCCUUUAAUGAAGUAUCAACUCUUCUCAGUGUGAGUUGGGGGGAGGAUAAGCUAGACACCAGGCACUUCUUUGACUUUACAUAUCAAUGAUCACAUUGUUUCUGAAUGUUAGUCAUCCGGCCAAUGAUAUUGCUGCAGUGCCACUGGGCAACCCAAAAUAAUUUCAAACACAUUGAUGCAUUUUCAAUAAUUGUCAGUGUAAGUCGUCAUUCCUGUUCUACAUUCAGUAAGUAUACAUGUACUCUGUGCUGGGUAAACAAUGCAUGUACAUGUAUGAUACCAACCACUGCCCUUUGACCAUGCAAUUGGAAUUCUGUUUUUUGAGAUCUGUUUUGAGUCUCAGGGCUAUCAAUGAUAAUUGUCCCAAAUAAUCUAACUUGCAAAGAAUCCACUACAAUGAAUUGGCCCUAUUCCCUUUGGUCACAUUAAUUAUGCACAGAAAGCUGUGAUGGGUCCAAUGUACAGUUCCUCUCUGGUUUGAAAUGUUACUUCCUGACCCCGUUGGCGUAUAGGCCUUUUGUGACUACUUUUGAUAAGAUCUGUUUUCAGGGGCAUUAUUUUGGGGAUAAGGCCGGUUGGGAUCAAUCAGAGGUUAUUAAUAGUAUAAAUUGGAUGAUGCUUAAAAUGCAAGCAUUUCUUACAACAAGACUGACUGAAACAAGUUGGAAUUUGCCCAAAGUUAUCUGGUCAGGUUGAUUUUUAUUACACAAGAGCAAGUAUUCUGCACAAUAUAUGUUUUCAUUAAUGCACAACUGUACAGAGUUAAAAAGUUGACUUUUUUAUUUUUAUGUACAUACCAUUAAAAUAUUCACAAGCCUUGUGCAUUUAUUUAUUAGAGUAAGAAAUGAACUAGUUCUCUUGAAUUCUAGAUAUUCUGGAAUUCUUUAAAUCCAAUCUGAGGGUACUGUAUUCAUACCAUAUUAAUUGAUAAAUAUUUGGGUUUAGUAUUCACAGAUGGUAUUUUUCAAGGUGAGCAACUCAUAAUUACAACCAAGAAUUUCUCAGAUAACUUUUGUAAAUGCUUUUAUUUGCAAUUCACAUAAAAAUUCAAGUUUGAAUUGAAAUAAAUAAGUUUUCAGGGAAGUCUAACUUCACGUGAGGGUGCAUGUAAAAUUUCAUGUUUACAUUUAUCUGCAAUGAACUCUGUGAAUUGAAUACUGAAACUGCAAUUUCUUUUUUUUAUUGUUUGAAGUAGUCAGGAUUUUUUAAAUGUUUAUGCUUGUGUGUAAUAUUCAAAAGCAAUACUUUACAACAAAGGUCAUGCAAUUACAUUACAGUUUUUAGUGCAUUUAAAAUUAAGACAAUUCCAUUCAUUUUUAGGAAUAGAACAUAUACUAAGAAGCACUCUAUUAGAUGUCAGAAUUUUGUGGAUAUAUGUUAUAUUGGAUAUUUUUUAGCUGAAAUGUGAGGCAUUUGUAGAGAUAUUUGUAAAAAAAUACGAGCAAUUUCUCGGCAAUCUCACCUCUAAGAAUCACAGGGUAUCCACAGCAAACACAGCUUACUUAAAGUGGCUGGACAACAAUCUACUAAAUGACUUUAAUUAUCUCUUUGAGGUGCUCGUGUUUCAGAUUACUCCUAAUGGAAUGUGCGGCAGCUAUUCCUAAUGUGUCUCAACGUACUUGUGUGUGACCCAGCCCAACAAAAUGAAUCUUGAGUCAUCUGAGCCACUUUGAGUUAAAGGCCUUUGAAAGAAUCUUGCACAAUGAAACGAGUAGGAACCCUGAACAUUUUUCAUCCACAUAAUGUCCAUUGUCCUCGGGAUGCCAGACUGAGUGAUUCAUCAAAUAAAAGAGCUUAGUUUCCUCUUUAUGAUCCACACUAGACCAUAGUUACUGAGAAAAUGGCCAUAGAACUCAUUUUGUAGGAGCCAGUCACGUAUUUGAUGUGUUCUUAAUACAGACAUGUUUAUGUCAGAGCCUAAAUUCAUACCGCUAAGCAAAUUGAUGUGCUAAACAAACACCAGUGAAGAACCAGUCAUAACAAGCAUGCAGUGCAAAACAUUUCAGCUGGUGACCAGCAUUUGCUGAGCAAAGAUUUUCAUGGCUUAUCAAAUCAUAUGCUCUAAACUUCAUCAGCUCAACGACAUUAGCCCCAAAAUGGGCAUAACAAUACUGAUUCCUAUGACAUGCAGCAGUAUUCCACCUGCUAAGAUGAUUCCUUACUUGUGUAAAAAGGACUUUUAACAUCUGAUGUAACAGCGGUAAUCUGUAUUGUUAAACACUACGUUUUUCAGUCUUUUUGCAUGUUUGGCCCACAAAGUGUUGGUACUGGGUCAUUUUGGAUGCAAGUUAUUUCGUAUUGUGGUGACAACUCUUAUUUGUAAUGCAUUAAAAUGGGUCCAUUGAAUGCAAUUCUAUAACAGUGCAUUAACGACAUUAGAAAAGUAAGCUGCCUGGCUGAACUAAAAACAAACACUUCCAGUGUUCUGUAUUUUUUUCAAAUUAAACCACAACUCACUUUUUAUAGACUGGUUUAUGUAAUAAAUAAUGCACAAAGAACGAA